GAUGGCGUCUGACCCGCAAUCCGCUUCCUUCUCGCACGUGCUCGCUACAAACAACUGUUGAACGGUCUUCGCGUCUGUAUACAGAAAACGGCAACGGACAGAUCACAUUCAAACGCAAUGGUCACUCCUCUACCGCCAAAAACCCCGCAUACAUCCAACGGCUACCUUUCUCUAACCUGAAAAAACUCCCAAACCCUCCAGAAUAUGGCUGCAGCCUCUCUUCAGAUCUUCUGCAACUCCACCUCUCCCGAAAAUGUCUCUCCAAACAGACACAAACGGCUGAGAAUCAAUCCCACCCGGGACCUCGUCGAUCGAAAGAUCACCCAACCAUCCUACAUUAGAGCGAAUCAUCCAACAGCCAUAAAAUCCGGGACCCAUUCAUCAGAUCCCAUGAUCGCCCGUAUUCUCCGUUCUUAUGCAGAGUUCGGUUAUAUAGACGAUGCUCUUCAUCUUUUUGAGAUGAUGAAGGACCUGCCAGAUACUUCCCUGUGGAAUGUCAUGAUCAAAGGGUAUGUGGAUAAUGGAUUCUACCAAGAAGCGCUCGAAUUCUACCAAUGGAUGCAGUUUGUGGGUGUUCGUCCUGAUAAUUUCACCUUUCCCUUUGUAAUCAAAUCUUGCUUGAGCUUUUCUUCUUUUGCACAAGGAUUGAAGACUCACUGCAAGCUGAUCAAGAUAGGAUUGGAUACGGAUAUUUUCAUCUGCAAUUCCCUCAUCACAAUGUAUGCAAAGAUUGGGUGUAUAGAGUUUGCAGAGAAAGUGUUCAACGAAAUGCCAGUGAGAGAUUUGGUUUCUUGGAAUUCGAUGAUUGGUGGGUAUGUUUCUGAUGGGGAUUGGUGGAGAUCGCUUUCAUGCUUUAGGAAAAUGCAUGUGGCCGGAAAGCAAGCUGACCGUUUCAGCAUAAUGGGGGUGCUGGCAGCAUGUGCUCUGGAGAAGUCUCGACGUCAUGGGAAGGAAAUUCAUUGCCAUGUAAUCCGACAUGGGUUUGAAUCUGAUCUCAUGGUUGAGACAUCGAUUGUGGAUGUGUAUUGCAAAUGCGGGGAGGUGGGUUUUGCCGAGCGGGUAUUUAACAGGAUGUCUCAGAGGAAUGUUGUGGCUUGGAAUGCACUGAUAGGUGGGUAUGUGAUGAAUGAUCAUCCCCAUGAGGCAUUUGCUUGCUUGAUCAAAAUGCAAGAGAUUGAUAACAUGGAUUCAGAUGCAAUCACAUUGGUGAACUUGCUUCCUGCCUGUGCACAAUUAAGAUUCCUUUCACAAGGUAAAUUGAUUCACGGGAAGGCAAUUAGAAGUGGGUUUCUUCCUUUUUUAGUCUUGGAGACUGCAUUAGUUGACAUGUAUGGAAAAUGUGGGGAAUUGCGAUCAGCAGAGGUGUUAUUUGGGCAGAUAACUGAGAAGAGCUUGAUAUCAUGGAAUGCCAUGAUUGCUGCUUAUGUACAGAAAGGGAAGAAUCUGGAAGCAAUGAAACUUUUCAAUUACUUACAGAAAGGGCCUCUAAAGCCAGAUGUUGUUACAAUUUCGAGCAUCAUUCCAGCAUAUGCUGAAUUAGCAUUGCUGCGACCAUGCAAGCAAAUCCAUGGCUAUCUCAUAAAAAAUGGGCAUGGUUGGAAUACUUUCAUUUUGAAUUCCCUCAUUUACAUGUAUGCCAAAUGCAGUGAUUUGCAGACUGCAAGGAAUAUAUUCAACGACAUUCAAUCGAGGGAUGUUGUUGCAUGGAAUGCAAUUAUCAUGGGAUAUGGAAUUCAUGGGUUUGUAAGAGCUGCUCUCGAACUUUUCGCCGAAAUGCAAGAAAAGGGCAUAAAACCAAAUGGGAGUACAUUUGUUUCCGUGUUGUCUUCUUGCAGCAUUGCUGGCAUGGUAGAUGAAGGAUGGAAAUAUUUCAAUACUAUGCAACAAGACUAUGGCAUUGAUCCUCAAAUCGAGCACUAUGGGUACAUGGUCGAUCUUCUUGGACGCACAGGAAAUCUUGAUCAGGUGGAGAGUUUUAUAAAGAGAAUGCCUCUAACUCCAACAGCAAGAAUAUGGGGAUCUCUAUUGGUUGCGAGUAGAAACAAUAGGAACAUAGAAUUGGCAGAGCUGGCAGCGGAACGCAUAUGUUCUUUGGAAAAUGAUAACACUGGGUGCUAUGUUCUUCUGUCUAACAUGUAUACCGAAGCUGGGCGAUGGGAAGAUGUCAAGAGGGUGAGAUCCCUCAUGAAGAAAGAAGGCUUAGAGAGAACAAUAGGCUGCAGCACUGUCGAGCUGAAUAGUAAGACAUGCUGUUUCCUCAACGGAGAUAGGUCCCAUGAAAAAACCAACAUGAUCUAUGAUGUUCUUGAUAUUCUGUUGAAAAAGAUAGGGGAAGUUGUGUAUAUUCCUAGCGCAAUGUUUAAACCACAAGAUGUAGUGAGGAGAAAAGCAAGCUUGCCGAGUAGUCAUAGUUUGAGGUUGGCGCUUUCUUUCGGGGUCAUCUCCACAACAGUUGGCACUCCAAUCCUAGUGAAGAAGAAUGUUAGAAUAUGCGACGGUUGCCAUCAUGCUGCAAAGCUGAUAUCUAAAAUUGGAAGGAGGGAGAUUAUAGUGGGUGAUUCAAGGAUCUAUCACCACUUCAAAGAUGGGCGAUGUUGUUGUGGUGAUUAUUGGUGAAAUUGUUUAAAGAUUUGGGUUUUGGGAAAUGCAUGAUUGGCGCAUAAGCUGCAAGGCUUGGCGAUGAAUCAAGGGUGUGGAAGUUGAUGAGAAGCUGCAUUUGAAGGAGAAAUCAGUUCAAAAUCCUAUUCUUGAAGAGGUUCUCCGACUGACAUACAAGCUGAAGGAACCUAUUCAGGGGUUGAUAGGUUCAGUAUACCUUGAAGGUCCAUGCAAUAAGAAAAGUUCACAGCAAGCCUAGCUAGAGAAUUCCUCGAAGCGAACAUGUUUUCUUGACACUUCUACACCGAAUAAGGAAGCAGGUUUGUAAUGCCACUGGGAAAUACUGGAAUGAAAAAAGCAAAGCUGAUGUUGAACCUAGAUUUUCCAUGAUAAAAUCUUUCAACUAGAUUUGUACAGGAAAAAAAAAAAAAAACCAACUAGCAGCAGAAUAUGCUUAUAAAUGUCCCAUACAUGCUGAUUUUUCAAAUUUGUGAUGUUUAUUCA